AUGACCACCGCUCUCGCCAAGAAAAAAUCGGCGUCGCCAAAGACACCAAAAUCGACUAACUCCACCAAAUCCGUCAAAUCCACUAAAUCGACGGACGCUACUAAAACGAAGACCAAAUCUCGUAAAUCGCGUAAACCGAAGAAGGAGAAGACCCCUGAGAAGAAGAAGAAUGGGUUCUUCUCGUGUUGCGCCAAAAAGCGAAAGAUGAAACGGGGCUCGAAGAGCAAGAAGAGCAAGAAGUUGGCUAGAUCACCGGCGGCCAAGAAGGGCGCCGCUGCGAAAACUGGAGGAAAAUCAGCGAAAUCGACAAAGAAAUCGGCUAAAGAUAAAGCAACUCCACCUCCACCACCACCACUCUCGAAAGCUCUCGGCUCCAACGACAAGCUCAAGAAAUCCGACAUGGGCAAGAUCCCGGAGGCCGCCUCCAUCCCAGCAGCCAAACCAGACACUCCGCUCCGCUCAUCGUCUUCCGAACCUAUCGCCCCACCACCACCAUCAUCCUCCACAGCUACACCCACUACACCGACUCUCACCACAACCGGCACUCCCUCCUCUGGAGGAACUACGGAGAUGGUCACGGCGCCGUCGAGCCCACCGAAGAAGGCGGCGUUUUCUGUGGAAGUUGGAGCGGUGCCAUCACCACCUCCACCAGCGACUUCGGCACCUGCUGAGAAGGAGUACAAUCGAGGAAGUGCUAGUGCGGAGAAGAAGUUCUCGAAGGAGGAUUCGCAUGAUGAGGAUGUGGGGGAGAAGCGGAAGGCGAUGGUGUACCCAUCGCACAAGUUUUUCAUGACACAGUACAUCAAAGACGAGUGCCGUGUCCGCCGUUGGACGUACGAGGACUCGAUCCCGCUCUCGAUGGAAACCAACAUGAAGUACAUGCUGAAAACGGCCAGCAAUCGCAUCGCAUUCUGUCAAAAUGACAAGGAGAAGCGUGGCGAGAUGUUGAAUGAUCUCAACGAGUUGUCGACUAUUUUGGAUGGAAAGUGA